UCUCUCUGCUAUAUUGAAGGUGCCAUGUUUUCCCUUUUUCUAAAGUGAAAUAAUUCUCACGUUUUCUUGUUCAAUUUGAAAGAAAAUACAAUGGGAGAUCAUCUGCGGCUGAGUUUUCCGUUUGCGACUCGGCGCUUUUUGGAUCCUCAGCCUCGUGUACUUGAGUUGACUCGAACCGACUCGGAUUCCUCCGACUCAGGUGUUACUAUUCAGAGCUUCAGAGAUCCUACUGCAGAUGCACAACAGCAGGGAAACACUAUGGUUUGGACAAAUGAGAAGCACAACUCUUAUCUUGAUUUCUUAGAAGCAUCAUUUGUAAAGAAGUUGCAUUAUUCUAAGAGUUUACAUGGCUGUCACCAACAAAUGGGAAUGUGGAACAAUGUCCAUUCCCACAACAGCCACAAGAAGGACAUCAUUCUUCUCAUCAGUUUUCAGUACUACGAGUGGCUGUGGCCAGAAGAUGAACCAUAAGAGUCAUGACCAUUUCUUGGAAAGCACAGCUGACUCUGGUGCUGUCAUGGAAAGUCCAAGGUUAGGUUUAGGUCUGCAGACAAAAGCAGCAUAACAUUCCUGUUCCAAGAGAAACUGUGGUUCCCAGUGAUGGAAUAUACUUGGGAAGUAGUACAAACUUUUCUUGCAAAUCAGCAGUAAAUUCAGAGCAGAAUCCCAUCAUUGAUCCAUGCAAUCACAGCCUGGGUAGCUGCACCGCAGGUAAAUCUACUUAUAAGCCU